CAGGAACCAUCAGAACAACACAGGCCGGAAACACCUGAGUGUGAGAGCAGAGUGAAAACCAGACGUGUUCAGUUCUUCAGCAGCUCACGGAGCAGCACAGGCGCAGCUGGAGGAGCCGGCGGCCUGGGUGGAGGGCCGCUUCAUGUUCGGCGAGUUGGCCCGGUGUUGCAGGAGGGUUUAGCGACGACCGGCUCCAGAGCUUCUUUAUUCACAGAGGAUCACGUUGAAGCGUUCUCUGUUGGAAAUGAUGCUGUGUUGAACCUUUGUUGUUCUGCUGCCGCGGUAACAACCACGAUGAUCUGGUGUGACGUGUCGGAGAGGUGUGGUGGGCCCGUGGCUCGCAGGGGGGGGGAGGACAAACGGCUCUCAACCACAAUCGUACCACAGUGUGCAGAAUUAGGAAAUGCUCGUGUGUUUUUUUGGGUUGUUGGAUAGUGAUCCUUACAGAAAGCAGAGAUGACGAAUGCUCGGGGAACUUGUGAGUGUGUGUUGAUUAUCAGGCUGGAACUCCAUUUCAGACUCUGAAGGAGUCACAGAGGUCCGUCUGAGGACAGAUUUCUACAGAUGUCCCGGACCUCCUCCUGUUUGAGGGUAAAGGAUUCAGCCGCGGUGGCUGAGGGUUUGGGUUUGAGGAAUGCUUCAUGUCCUAACAAGAUUAGAACCUGCGUAUGUUUGCCCGGAGGACGGGGUGUUGCGUGUCCCCCUGGAUCUGAGCCACUUCCUGUCAUUAUGCUUUAUCACUGUGGAAUAAUUUCCUUUGAACCUUCAGGAGCCAGAAUCCAUUUAGUCCGGCUUUGAAUGUGAAACUGUUCAGACUGAGCCGUUUGAUUCUUUCUACCAACCUGAACCUGAACCUGCAGCCGAUCUGACGGUCUGCAGCUGAAACCACUAACUCCACUAAGUUUGUUCCUCCGCCGUCUUCCUCUGUUCUCUGUUUUUAGAAGGAUGGAUGGAAGCGGCUCCGCAGGAAAUCCCAGCGCUGCCUCGUCUCGCGCGCUUCCUGCCCACGCUGAUGAGGACGUGCUUCAAUCAGAUGAUUGGAUCUCAGCUUCUGAGGAGGACGGCGGGCAGAGCAGAGAGUCAGUCAGUGUGCCCGGGUCCCAGAAAGACCAGAGUCCAGCGGGGAUCCAUCAGAGUCCUACAAAGAAAGGCCAGACUCGAGGAGAGACUCACCAGAGUCCAGCAGAGAAACACCAGGCUGCAGAGGACCCAGACCGGCUGUGUCUCAUAAAACAUACAAACCACAUGGGUCCUCCAACAAAACAACAGAAACCAGAAGAUUCUGCAACCAAACCAGGUCAACUAAAACAAAAUCCUCUUUCUACAGUGGAACAAAAACUGCAAGAUUCACCAAAACUUCAACCUAAACCAGAUCAGCCUUCUCUAACCAAGCCCGGUCGUCUUUGUACAGAUCCAAAGAAACCAGGAGAUCCUCUUUGCUCCAAAGACUCCCAGCUACACCAAACCCGGGAAGAUCCUUGUCUCGCAAACCUGGAACCUGAAGAGGACCCUUCUCCCCCCUUAAAGGAUUUAACCGCUUUCACUUCAACCUUCGAUGAACAAAACCAGAAGGUGCUUAAGCUCCACAUCUCCAAAGACCAACAGAACCACCAGGAUCCACCUUCAGAGAAACCCACUUCAACCACACCUGAGAGGCAUCAAGACCUCCACGAACCUCCUCCUCACAUGAACACCCAGCCGGCUCCUCCUGCUCCUGCAGACCAGCAGAACCACCUGUCUUCUCCUCAGGUCCCGCUUUCGAUAGUCCUUCCCACUGAGGCGUCCACCCUGCCUCCACCAGUCCAGGCUCCGCCCCCCACCAUCGAGGUGUUCUGUGACCAGGUGCUGCACCGCCCUACGGUUUCUUCUUCAGGUGAGCCCAAACUGUGUGGCUUCCUGCAGAAGCAGGGGGGGCCCCUGAGGGCCUGGAAACAGCGCUGGUUCACCUACGAAGAGAAGAAGAACCAGCUGUUCUACUACCGCACGCCACAGGAUGUCACGCCACUCGGCUGGGUGGAGCUCAGCAGCGCCACCUUCACCUACCCGCUGAAGGCUGAAAAGGGCACCUUCCACAUCAAGACCCCCGAACGCACCUUCAUACUCAAGGCUGUGACCCAGGAGCUGAUGCUCUAUUGGCUGCAGCAGCUGCAGGUGAAACGCUGGCAGCACAGACAGACGUCCACCUGUCCAGAGCCGACAAACAACACUGCAGACGACUUCCUGCCGGUGUUGAAGAGCCCGCUGGGUCUGGUGGGGGAGGAGGCGGCCAACGCACCGUCACAACGAACGCCGCUGGUCGACAUGUCAAUCAAACACCCGCUCAUCGAGAUCCAAAACUCGGUCCACAGUCUCCGGAAGAGGACGACUCAGGAUUGGACUCAGAGUUUGUUUCAUGUAGACGCUCCUCCGUGGAUCCCCCCGAGCUCUGCAGACACCGACGCCACGGUCCCUCCAGACCCCAGGACUCCCAUUGAGUCCCCGUCCCCGUCCCCGCCCCCUCCCUUCACAUUGGCUGAUCCAGCAGGUCAGGGGCCUCCGACGGAGGGUCGGGUGUCGCCUUCGCUGUUCGACAGCUGGAGCAGGAAAACGAAGAAGCGCAGCGCGUCCACCCUGCCGGCGCUCGGCAGAGACAGCCUGCCGUCGGACCGGACGUCCCGCCUCCUGCAGGAGAAACAGAUGCUGAUGGAGGAGGUCAAGGCUCAGAAGGAGCUGGUGUGGAUCCUCCACAAAUCCUUGGAGGCGUCUCAGCUGGAGAAGCGCAGCUGUGCGGAGUUCUUGGCGGAGGAAGGCGAGCAGGAGCGUCUGGAGCUGCUGCGACACCGCGAGCGGCAGGCGGCCGACCUGCGAGACCGACUGGAGGAGGCGAAGACGGAGGUGGAGGAGAAGAAGAGCAGCCUGGCUCAGAGAGACGCGCAGCUGGCCGAGCUGCAGGAGAACAUCAGGAUGCUGAAGGAGAAGAACGAGGCCAAGCAGGAGGUGAUCAUAAAGCUCUCUGAGCAGGUGAGCGCCUGCAUGGCCGACCCGCGUCGACCCAUCUCGUCCUCCGGUGGCAGUUUGGACUCUCAGACCUUCAGACGGCUUCAGCAGGAGGUCGAGAACCUGAAGGACGAUAUCGAGGCGUAUAAGUACCAAAACAAGUUCCUGAACUCUGAGAUCUACCAGCUGACCAAACUGUGGAGGAGGAGCUCCGAGCAGGAGAAGAGCCUGAUGGUGAAGUGUGCCUACCUGGAGGCCAGCAACUGUCAGGUGGAGAGCCGUUACCUGGGCGUCCUGCGCACGCUGCAGGAGGCCAAAUCUCUGGAUCCGGUGCAGCGCGGGGCCGUCCAGAAGAUGAUCGAGGACGCCCUGAAAGGAGAGCUGAAGAGCGUCGUCAGGCUCAGCGCGGCCAGAGAUCACGACGAGUACGGCUUCAAAAUCAUCCCAGACUAUGAGGUGGAGGACAUGAAGCUGCUGGCAAAGAUUCAGGCGCUGGAGAUCCGCUCACACAACCUGCUGCACCAGGACGGCGUGCAGCACCCCCUGUUGAGUCGCUGGGCUCAGUACCUCGCCGGCAGGUCGGACGGUGACCUCUGUCCCUCACCGGAGCUCAAAGGCCUGAUCCGAGGCGGCGUCCCUCAGGAGUACCGACAGCGGGUGUGGCGCUGGGUGGUCCGAGCCAGAACCAGGACGAUCAGAGAGCAUCACCCGCAGCGCUACCAGCAGCUGUGUGAGAAGAGUCGGACGUCUCCUCAUCCGGCCUCCAGACAGAUCCAGCUGGACCUCCACCGCACCCUGACAACCAAUCAGCGCUUCUCCUCGCCAUCUAGCCCCGUCCUCCAGCAGCUCAGCCGCGUCCUAUUGGCCUUCUCCUGGCAGAACCCUGACAUUGGCUACUGCCAGGGACUCAACAGGUUGGCGGCCAUCGCUCUGCUGGUUCUUCAGAGUGAAGAAGACGCCUUCUGGUGUCUGGUGGCCGUGGUGGAAACCAUCAUGCCUCAGGACUACUACACCAAGAACCUGGUGGCCUCUCAGGCGGACCAGCGGGUGCUGAAGGACUUCCUGACGGAGAAGCUUCCCCGGCUCGCGGCUCACUUUGAGGAUCACAGCAUCGACGUGUCUCUCGUCACCUUCAACUGGUUCCUGGUGGUUUUUGUGGAGAGUCUCCCCAGCGACAUCCUGCUGCCCCUGUGGGACGCCUUCCUGUACGAGGGCACCAAGGUGAUCUUCAGGUACGCUCUAGCUCUCUUCAAAUACAAAGAGGACGACAUCCUGAAGAUCCGCGACAGCGUGGAGAUCUACCAGUACCUGCGCUUCUUCACCAAGACCAUCUCUGACGGCAGGAAGCUGACCAGCGUCGCCUUCAACGACAUGAACCCCUUCCCCAGCCGCCUGCUGAGGAACCGGCGAAGGCUCCACCUGGAGCGCCUGCAGGGGGAGCUGCGAGAGCUGGAGGAGCAGCAGAGGGCGUUCGUAACGGAGAGCGCCGUACGUAAAGACAAAGAGGUGGACACCAUGGUCAGCGAGGACGACGAGGAACUCUGAUGAGGGUUUCUGACACACGGCUGCUUCUGACCUGCCGGACCCGAGGCUGCAGAGUCGGCGUCUGUAAUUAUCGUACUGCUGUUGCUCAUAAACCUGUCGACACCUGGAUGGAGUUCACAUGAAACCAGCGGCCUGAGGACCCAGUCUCAGGUCGUCUUCUUCUUCUUCUUCUUCUUUUAAUCUCUGGCACAGGAAGUGUACCGCUGCCUCCACAACAUUUUUUUUCUUUGCAUAUAGACACAGAGACGCACAUUACUGCCAGGUGUCUUUGUUUUCUGGUUCCGCAGGUGAGUCAGGGUCGGACCUGCUGAUUCACAACUGACAAAAACACCAGAAGAAGAACUUUUAGCGAUUUAGUUCCAACAAUAACACUUCAGUCAGCGUCGGCUAACAGCUGUCCCUGAGCUAAC